UUAAAAAGUUCGAACAUCUCAACGAAAUCUCUAUCAACGUCUACGGUAUCAAGGAAAAGGAGAUUCUCCCAAUACAUCUGACAACAAAGAAAAUGGAGAAACAUGCAAAUUUGUUGUACAUGCAGGAUCCGCGCGACGAUAAUGGAUACUUCGCGUACAUCAAAAACUUAUCCCGUCUUGUAAGCUCGCAACUAAGUAAAAAAGAACACAAGAAAUACUUUUGUGAUCGACGGAUGAACGAUUACGCCAUCCGACUGCCGAAUGAGGACGACAAGUGGCUCGACUUCAAGAACUACUGCAACAAAGAACGACUUCCAUUCAUCGUCUACGCAGAUCUUGAGUGCAUACUGCGAAGGAUGGAGCCGCAAAGAGAAAACACGUCGUACACAUAUCAACAGCAACACAAGGUAUUUAGCGUAGGAUAUUAUGUGCGAUGCUCGUACGACAAUGCGUUAUCGGCGUAUCAAUUUCGUCGCGGCGAAGACUGCGUUGCAUGAUUCGUUCAACAACUCGAAAAUUUGGCGCAUC